AUGCUCCGGGCUUCUUUCCUUUCAGUAAUAUAUUUUCGGUUAGAUUGUUGCUUGGGAGCUUAAAAAAUUGUUAUUAUUAGCCUGUUUGAUGUGUGUGAUAAAUGUUUUCAGAUUGAACUAAAUCAUCUUAAGUUAAGAAAAACUUAUCAGUCUAUCAAUAUGCAUUGUAAGGUAGGAGUUGUUUGACUGUCAUGGUUUAUGAAACCAAUUUUUCUACAAAAUAACAUGUCUUUCAUUUGGCUUCUAGACUUAUGUAAUGUUCCCCUUGCUCUGUGAUGUUCAUGCAAGAUUUUUGUAAUUGUCGGUGUUGUUAGUUUGUUAGAUCCAUCAAGGAUAAGCUUUUUACAAAAUGAAUCUACAUCUGAUCCCAAUUUCGUAUGAACCUGAAAUAAUGAUGGAUUGAUAAUCUUCAAUUUCUGUUUUGUUUUGAUUAUGCAUUGCGCUGAGAAAAUCACAACAUGUAAUGCCAUAAUAUUGUGGAUUUUGUUUUUGACAUUACUAACCAAAAAUGGGUUAAAUGGGAGUUGGUCACUAAAUAGAAUGAACAAUUAUGUUAUAGCUAAAUACAGAAUUCUAUUUUACAGCCUAUAUUUUUGAAUGGGGCAGGGUUGGUUUGGUGUUGUCAUUACAUUAACUAAAUUCGGAUUGCUACUAUAUUGUUACCCCUAAAACAAACUAAUAACAGGGAAAUAUGCGAAUUCAUGCAAUGAAUUCAUGAAUUCUUAAUGAAAACAUAAAAUAUUCCAUACAAUGACAGAUUCCUUCCUAGCUUAAUAUAUAUUUUCCCAGGUCCAGCUUGAAUAUAAUUAAGGUACCACCUUUUUUUGUUGCAAAACACCCAUAAAAACCUCGAUUUCCUUCCCCAAACCUUUCCAACCUCCAUUUCUUUCCGACCAUCAGAUUUAAUUCAAGAGAUCCCUUGAAAUGGCACGUCGAAGCAAUGGCAUCACAGCCUGCAUAAAUUUGAUAACUCUCCUAAUUGGAUGCUUCCUUUUAUGCCUUAGGAUAUUCUUGGCCACCCAUAAGGACAUGACCUGCUUUUCUCUCCUGAAUUCACCUUGUCUUAGAAUAGGUAUCCUGCUUGUGGUCAUAUCAUUAUUAGGACUAAUUGGGAGUUGCUGCCGCUCCCUUUUCAUUAUGUGGCUCUACUUGUUCGUCUAUUUGAUCCUCAUUUUGGUGGUGGCAAUUACUGUUCUGCUUUGGAUUGUUGUUAUCGCCAAAGGUGCUGUCCGCCUUGAUGUUGGGAAGCCUCACAAGCUUAAUGACUUCACUUUCUGGUUCCAAGAUCAAGCGAUGGGUAUAGCUGACUGGUCCGUAGUCAGGAAGUGCUUGAUCCGCAAGGAUAUUUGUUGUCAUGACCUAAAGGAUAACUUCUUCUUUUCAAACAACCUUAAGGUUUGUUACACUAUUUUUAAUAUUCGUAGGAUACUGUUUGCAUUAGGAUCCUUUAGACUUGAUGAUCAAGGUUGCUGCCGCCAACCUGCCAACUGUACUGUGAACUUUUUGACGAAACAUGACUGCGAUGUUUGGAAUAGGGACACCAAAACAAUGUGCUACUACUGCAGUACUUGUACAGAGGGAUUUGUUAGCCAACUCGCCGUACUGUGGAAGAGGUUGUUUCCGGGGAUUGUCAUACUGCUCGUUGUCCUCAUUAUUGUUUUUAAUAUUGGAUGCCGGGCUUUCAGGCAGAAUAAGGCUGAUCAUUAUAGAAAACUCCAUCAAAGAGAUCAAACUGCUAGGACUUGAACUUCAACCCAGAUAAUUGUAGAGUUGUAGAACACUUUUGGAUACUCUCAUUUGGAAGUGCAUUUUACCUUAGAAACACAAUGUAAUUUUGGGUGUUUUAAAAAUGCCUCUUUCAUGUGUUUGCUGCAAGACUUAUAUUGGCUGCUAGCAGCAAUGUUUUACAUCUAUGCCUGUAUGAUGUGUAAUUGCAACCA